UGCUGCUCUUCCUUCUGUUGUGUCCGGCUUCCCGGGAGCCCGAACCCGCCGCUAUGUCGGGGUUCAGCCCGGAGCUCAUAGACUACCUGGAAGGGAAGAUUUCCUUUGAAGAGUUCGAGAGGAGGCGAGAAGAGAGAAAAACCCGGGAGAAAAAAGGCCUUCAGGAGAAAGGGAAGUUGUCCACUGAAGAAAAUCUAAAUGACUCUGAAAUCCCGUCAUCAUCAGGAAUUGAUUCUACCAGAUCCCAUGACAAACAUGUCAGUGAAGGAGAAACAUCAGAUGGCGUCAGUAAGUCAGUUCACAAGGUCUUUGCUUCCAUGCUUGGAGAGAAUGAAGAAGAUGAAGAGGAAGAGGAAGAAGAGGAGGAGGAGGAGGAAGAAACACCUGAGCAACCCACUGCUGGCGAUGUGUUUGUGUUAGAGAUGGUUCUCAAUCGUGAGACCAAGAAAAUGAUGAAAGAAAAAAGGCCUCGGAGUAAACUACCCAGGGCUCUGAGAGGUCUUAUGGGUGAAGCCAACAUUCGCUUUGCUCGAGGAGAACAUGAAGAGGCAAUAUUAAUGUGCAUGGAAAUUAUAAGACAAGCUCCUCUGGCUUAUGAGCCAUUCUCUACUCUUGCUGUGCUCUAUGAGGACCAAGGUGACAUGGAGAAAUCACUGCAAUUUGAGUUGAUUGCUGCACAUUUAAAUCCCAGUGACACAGAAAAAUGGGUUAGAUUGGCCGAAAUGUCUAUGGAACAAGACAAUAUUAAGCAAGCUAUUUUCUGCUAUACGAAAGCUCUUAAAUCUGAACCUACUAAUGUCCAUUUUCUGUGGGAGCGAUCAAGCCUUUAUGAACAGAUGGGAGAUCAUAAAAUGGCAAUGGAUGGUUAUAGGCGAACUUUAAACCUUUUGGCUCCCACUGAUGGAGAACGUUUUAUGCAGUUAGCUAGAGAAAUGGCAAAGAGUUAUUAUGAAGCCAAUGAUGUUACGUCAGCUAUUAACAUAAUUGAAGAAGCUUUCUCUAAACACCAGGGCCUAGUCUCCAAGGAAGAUGUUAACAUAGCAGCUGAGCUAUACAUUUCUAACAAACAGUAUGACAAAGCUUUGGAGGUAAUUACAGACUUUUCUGGUAUCGUGCUGGAAAAAAAAUCUACAGAAGAAAGCUUUCUAGAGGAGAAUAAAGCUGAUGAGAUUGUUACUUGCACUAUACCUGAUGGUGUGCCAAUAGAUAUCACAGUGAAGUUGAUGGUCUGCCUGGUACAUCUCAACAUCCUUGAACCACUUAAUCCUCUCUUGACCACACUGGUGGAACAGAACCCCGAAGAUAUGGGAGACCUCUAUUUAGAUGUCGCUGAAGCUUUUCUGGAUGUUGGUGAAUAUAAUGCAGCACUUCCCCUUCUUAGUGCAUUAGUCUGCUCUGAAAGAUACAACCUCGCAGUAGUUUGGCUUAGACAUGCAGAAUGUUUAAAGGCAUUAGGCUAUAUGGACCGUGCCGCCGAAAGCUAUGCCAAAGUGGUUGAUUUGGCCCCCCUUCACUUGGAUGCAAGGAUUUCACUCUCCACUCUUCAGCAGCAGUUGGGCCGUCCUGAAAAAGCUCUGGAAGCUCUGGAACCAAUGUAUGAUCCAGAUACUUUAGCACAAGAUGCCAAUGCAGCACAGCAGGAAUUGAAGUUACUGCUUCAUCGCUCUACUCUACUGUAUUCACAAGGCAAAAUGCAUGGCUAUGUCGACGCCUUACUUACCAUGUUAGCCAUGCUUUUAAAAGUAGCAAUGAAUAGAGCCCAGGUUUGUUUGAUAUCAAGUUCCAAAUCUGGAGAAAGACAUCUUUACCUUGUUAAAGUAUCAAGAGACAAAAUAUCAGACAACAAUGACCAAGAGGCAGCUAAUUGUGAUGCUAAAGCCAUAUUUGCUGUACUCACAAGUGUUUUGACAAAAGAUGAUUGGUGGAACCUUCUGUUGAAGGCAAUAUACACAUUAUGUGACCUAUCCCGAUUUCAGGAAGCUGAGUUACUUGUGGAUUCUUCAUUGGAAUAUUAUUCAUUUUAUGAUGACAGGCAAAAACGCAGAGAACUAGAAUACUUUGGUCUCUCUGCUGCAAUUCUGGACAAAAAUUUUAGAAAGGCAUACACCUAUAUCAGGGUAAUGGUUAUGGAAAAUGUUAAUAAACCCCAACUCUGGAAUAUUUUCAAUCAAGUUACCAUGCAUUCCCAAGAAGUACGACAUCAUCGCUUCUGUCUACGUUUAAUGCUGAAAAACCCAGAGAAUCAUGCCCUGUGUGUCUUAAAUGGGCACAAUGCAUUUGUGUCUGGUAGUUUUAAGCAUGCACUUGGACAAUACGUGCAAGCUUUCCGCACCCAUCCCACCGAGCCUCUCUACAACCUGUGUAUUGGUCUGACUUUUAUCCACAUGGCAUCUCAGAAGUAUGUUUUAAAGAGACAUGCCCUUGUUGUGCAGGGCUUUUCCUUUCUUAAUCGAUAUCUUAGUCUACGUGGGCCUUGCCAGGAAUCAUUCUACAAUUUGGGCCGGGGUCUUCACCAACUGGGUCUGACUCACCUUGCAAUCCACUAUUAUGAGAAAGCACUGGAGCUCCCUCCAAUAAUAGUAGAGGGCAUAGAACUUGACCAGUUAGACUUACGAAGAGAUAUUGCCUACAACUUGUCUCUCAUUUACCAGAGCAGCGGGAAUAUUAUAAUGGCUCAAAAACUUUUAUUUACCUAUUGUAUUACAUGACACAACUCAAGUGAGAAAGGAGCAUUGGGUAACUGCUAUGUAUGGGCCAAUGUUUUCUAUCUUGGGACUUACUGUUAAGUAAUAAUUUCAAUAUUAUCUAGUGAUUUCAUUUUUAAUAUGUGAUAAAGAUUUUCUGGUAGGUAUACAGAAUCAUCCUUUCUACAUGAAUUUUAUAUUGUUUUGUUGUUUUCUCUUUCCGUUUUUUAGUAAAAUUUAUUUAAAGCUGGAAUGAAUAGUAAAAACUUUUUUGUAAGCUUGGGUUGAUUUUUUUAUGGACACCAUUUAUUCAUUUGUGCAUUUAGUGUUGUAUAUUAAUCACCAGUAUUUACCUGGUCUUAUGAGAAAUGCUUGGGACCAGCAGUAAAGCUGUGUGUGACCUCUCAGUACAGUUAUUUAAAUAUAGAAACUUGUGCAUUUAUUUAUUUGAAAGAAAUAUUAGUUUAUAUAUGUAAUUAAAUAGCAUAUUCAGAAUCACUAGCAAGCUAUUUUUUUUUUUUUGGUAUGUUCAUACUUAUUCCAGUUCAGGGUCACAAUGUGAAAGUUGUGCCUGUGUUGAUCUUAGAAGGAAAAAAGACUGCUAGUUAUUUUUUGUCUUCCAGGUUUUGCCUAUUAAAAUCUCCCACAGAUUUUAACAUUUAACAAGGAAUAUUGGGAACACAGAAACCUUGUAAGCAAUAAGAGUGUUUACUCCAAAGCAGAAUCUAAAACUUGAAUUUAAAAAAAUAAAAAUUCCCUGGAGAAAACAUUUUCUAGAGUAUCUUCUUAAAACCUGACAUUUCUUCCUCCACACUGUCCACUCAUCCUAGUCAUAGGGCCCCAUGUGCCACUUUGUUCCGUGAGAUUCAUUGCUGUUAUCCACAGUUGCCUCAGCAGGGAGUCUGCUUCAGAACCAACCUCAGCCCAUCAAGCAGUCCUUCUUCCUCCUCUACAAAGUUCGGAAUGAAGAGAGGGCCUGUCUGCGGGGCUAGCACUUCAUUUGAGGCACUUUCUGAUUGUCAUGAGGAGCCAGCUAGUCCAACUCUCCCAUUCUGAUGACAAAGAAAAAGGAAACUGACGCAUAAGAGACAGAGAUGAGAAGUGCAGAGUACAUUGUGCUCCCAGAGGUUUUUCCAGUUUCCCCUUCCUAUCUCCUAUGACUGUGUUGAGACACUUUCCUGUGGUUGUGUUGUUAUUUUUGAGUUCUUUCUGUAAGAUACUCUAGGUUCUGUACUGUAAUAAAUCACUUUUAUACUAGCUUUCGUUUUUCUGUUGUUUAAAUUUUAAAAAAGUC